AUGGCAAUGGCGGCGGCGGCCGAAGGGCCGGAGGCCGAGGCCGGGCCUGAAGGGGCCGAAGAGGAAGGGGAUGGAGACGAAGAGGCCUUAAAGAAGCUGGAGGAGCUGGUGUCGGAGCUGCAGCGCUUCCGGGUCUCGUUGACCUCUGACCCUCCGAAUGACCCCGAGGUCACGUUGGAGCAAGAGAUGGAGCGGACCGUGCGCUUAAUGGAGGCCGUGCAUGUGUCCCAACAGGCCCGUGGACGAGCCUUGGAGCUGCAGGCUGAGGCCUUAGGGGUCUGCCCCACGGCUGCCCCCCAAGUGGAGCAGGCCCUGAGCCGGGCUGUGAAGCUGGAUCCGGGCCUGGCCUCUGCUUGGAUCCGCUUGGGAGAGCUCCAAUGGGCACGGGGGGACCUGGAGGGAGCCCGGGCCUGCUUCAGGGGGGCCUUGGCGCAUCCCCGCCCCCGUGACGUCACGCCGGGGGCGGAGGCCAGGGCCCGCCGCCUCCUGUCCGUGGUGCUGAGGGCCGGCGGUGGGGGAGGGGCCCUAAGGGAGAGCCUGGCCCAGGCCGAGGCCGCCGUGCGCUGCCAGCCCUGCGAUGGGGCCUCCUGGUAUGUGCUGGGCAAUGCCUAUGUGUCGCUCUUCUUCGCUGGGGGGCAGAGCCCCGAGGCCGCGCGCCGGGCCCUGGGCGCCUACGCACAGGCCGAGCGCGUGGACCCAGAAGCAGCCAAUAACCCGGACCUGCACCUCAACCGCGCCACCGUGAGUCAGCCAACGGGGUGCAGGGGGCGGGGCUUGGGCGUUUGA